UAGCAAGCCAAGGUAGCUAACUGUCAGCACUUGAAAUUAUAUGUUAUGCGUUAUUGAAGUAUCUUGCACGCAAAUGUUCCUAUCGUUUGAGACGCUUUGGUUAUGCAGACCAAGCAUGCUGCCACGCUAUGGAGGUACAGAGUCUGUGGUACGGAAGGGCUAGCUGCUUGCUAAGAGAGCAAAGAUGAGCCGGUUCCUCAAUGUACUGCGAAGUUGGUUGGUGAUGGUGUCUGUCAUCGCCAUGGGAAACACCGUACAGAGUUUCCGGGAUCACAGUUUCCUCUCUGAGAAACUUUAUACUGGAACGCCAGAGUUUGUAAAUGGCCUGCAAGCACGAACCUUCGGAAUCUGGACCUUGUUGUCAUCUAUAAUUCGCUGUGUUUGCGCCAUUGACAUCCAUAACAAAACGCUCUAUCAUAUCACAUUGUGGACAUUUGUUCUGGCACUGGGGCACUUCCUCUCUGAAGCUUUUAUUUACAAAACUGCACCUCUGACGAUUGGCGUUAUGGCACCCCUCAUCGUCGCUAGUGUCUCGGUCCUGGGCAUGCUCAUUGGGUUCCAGUGUAUCGGUGAGCCUCAGGAAGUGAUGGGGGUGCGGCAGAAGAAGCGGAACUGAGCUCGAUUUGCCGCCAUGCGCCAUGCCACGUGACUCCGCCCCUCCCGACCACCCCAACCCUUCUUGCACUCCCCGAGCCUCGAGUGCAUUAAAAAAAAACUGCCAUCAACUCUUUUGAGGGGACGGGACAGGGGGACAGAACAUUGGCUUCCUUUUUAAAAUGUGAAUAUUGAAUACUUUGGUCUUGCUCUACAGUCAGUGUUGCCAUGUGGGUGUGUUCUGUCGCUCCCUCCAUUCCGUCUGUCAAACUUCCAAGAACAUUACAUGUUCAACAUUGAUUGACACGGCGUUGUAUUGCAGGCACCAAUGGAUUUUCUUCCCUCGAACCUGGACACUAACCAUGGAUUAUUUUAAAUUAGUUUUUUUUUUUUUUUGGGAGGGGGGGUGUCAUGAUCAGGCUGUGUAGGGACAUGUUUUCAUUAUGCAUUAUCGCAAUUGGAAGAUGUUCAACUCAAACACCUUGUGCUGAGCAGAUGACUGUCAAUGGGUUAGGGGUUGUGCCGAUACAAACACAACGUGGAAGUUACAGACAGAAAGUAGAGGCUGGUGAUGGGACUGUGGCAAAAAUCCCCUAAGUGAGAUGUGCUCUCUCAUACUCUGAUCAUGUGGCAUCUUAUCAAUUAUUCCAGGACCAAACCUUGCAGAAGAUGUGAAGUCAUGAAUUCUACCUUUUGUAAAAGGUAGAGGAAGGCAGUGUCAAAUAAAGGUGUUCAUUAA